AUGGAAGACAAGGCUAAAUCCGUUGGGCCCACUGGGAGCCUUUCUUCUGACUUGUUUGAACCAGACGAUCCAGAAUUUGCCGAGUUUCUUCAGACCACCGUUUUACCGGGCGACGAACAAGCCGAACGGCCUUCAAAACUCGAUAACGAUGACAGUAGCAGUGGAGAACGCGGGCUUACCUUGAGCAAGCCAUCUUUGAAACGUCGUCAUUCUGAGACUGAGCAACCUAUACCUUCAAAUCCUGUGCAACUUGCCCAGUCAGUUGAACAACCAGUCACAUUAAAAAAUGCAGAUAUAUACGGUGCUGCGCGCUUCGGUCACUUUGGGGAGUAUAUGCGGAGAAAACGUGCAAAACUACAGAUACAAAACGCAGAUAUGGAUGUCAGCGAGAACGAUGAUAGCGAAAGAAGAACCAUUUUUAAGGGCUUGGCUAUAUAUAUCAAUGGAUGGACCGAACCCUCUGUGCAAGACUUGCGUCAACUUAUCAUAAAGCAUGGAGGUAUAUACCAUCCUUAUUUGGAUAAGAAGUCAUUAGUAACUCACAUUAUAACGUGCUCUUUGACUCCUGCCAAGAUACGCGAGUUUAAGAACAUGAAAGUGGUGAGGCCGGAGUGGUUAGUAGAGAGUGCUGCAUCUGGUUCGUUGCUGCCCUGGAAGAAUUACAUCUUUAGACCGGGAGACAGGUUGCAAGAAUCGCAGGGAACUCGGACAACUCAGCAAUCUCUCUUUACUAUAUCUGAGUCGCGACCUCAUGCAAUCACUGGUCAUCCUAAUAAUCAGACACCACAAGAGGCCCCUCAAUCUGAAGUGAAUCCCUUUAAUGAUUCGCCAACUACGCACCCUGCCACGAAGACUUUUGAUUCUCGUCCUCUAUACAUGACAGAUCCAGGGACCUACGAAGAGGCCGCGCGUAUACCAGGGUAUGCGGCCCACACCUCUAAUCUAAUGGCAGAACGAGUGAUGGCCAACCCAGAGUGGAGAGCAGCACAUACCUCUAUCGCUCCUGACUUUAUAGAAGGCUUUUACAAAAACUCUCGGUUGCAUCAUUUAUCUACUUGGAAGGCUGAGCUGAAAAAUCUGGUUUUGGAAGCACAAAUACGUGCUGAAAAUGGGGCUAUGGUGACUCCUUCUGAAAGCUCUCAUACGAAGAAUCCGCAGGUUUCCAGGAAGCUACAGGACGACCCAAUUCCCGAGCCGGAGGACGGCGUCAGCAUGAAGGGGGCUGAGCUCACUAUAAGAACAUCACCCAAAGGAAAAGGGAAAGCAAAGGCUCUUCAAAUUGAAAGGGUCAUCAUGCAUUGUGAUUUUGACUGCUUCUUCGUAUCAGCUGGGUUAGUCAGCAGACCCCAGUUGCGGGGCAAGCCAGUCGCGGUUUGCCAUUCGCAAGGCUCUCAAGGUGGUGCGGCAAGUACAAGUGAGAUAGCUAGUGCCAGUUAUGAAGCAAGGUCGUUUGGUGUUAAGAACGGAAUGAGUCUUCAGCAGGCAAGAAAGCUAUGUCCGACGAUCGUUACUAUACCAUAUGAAUUUGAAAAAUACAGACAGUUUUCGUUGCAAUUCUACACUGUCCUGAUGCGAUAUGCAGAUGACUUGCAAGCUGUAUCUGUUGAUGAGGCAUUACUGGAUGUCACGAGUGCUGUCUCUGACGUGAAGAACCAAGUAUCUCGCCUUCCAGUUUCCGAGGCCAUCACAAGGGAUCCAGCAAAAGAGCUGGCUGAGAAAAUACGAGAUGAAAUCAGAAAGGCCACCGAGUGCGAAGUCAGUAUUGGAAUUGCUGAAAACAUACUCCUAGCGCGCCUUGCCACCCGUCGCGCCAAGCCUGCCGCUUCUUUCCACCUUGUCCCAGAAAAAGUGCAUGAGUUCUUGGCCCCUCUGGAUGUUGAUGAUCUUCAUGGGUUUGGACAUUCCACACGUCAAAAAACACAGGAGAAAUUGGGCGUGACUACGCUGGGAGAGUUGGCAAAGAAAAGUAAGGCUGUACUCUGUGAUGCUCUAGGGAAAGGGACUGGUGAAACGCUGUACAAAGCCAUCAGAGGCAUAGACGAAAGGAGGCUCGAAUCUGAUAAGCCAAGGAAAUCUGUCUCAUGUGAUAUCAAUUAUGGAAUACGUUUUGAGAACGGCGAACAAGCAAAGACAUUCAUAUAUCAGAUGGCACAGGAAGUAUCCCGACGUUUAAAUAGCAUAUACAUGCUUGGGCGCUCGCUGACUUUGAAGAUUAUGAAAAGAGACCCCAAUGCGCCUGUUGAAGCGCCAAAGUUCAUGGGACAUGGGGUAUGUGAGACAUUUAGCAAGCAAAUGGCUCUUUCUGGGCCGAACGGACGUCCUACUAGUGCCACUACUGUCAUUGGAGACCACGCAUGGAAACUUCUGGAGUCAUUCGAUUUCGACCCAAAGGAACUUCGCGGAAUCGGCAUACAAAUUCAGAAACUAGAAAUGAGUUCAAAUUCUGGAAGCACUGAACCAGGUCAAGCCAAACUGCCGUUUAAGCCAGUGCCAGAGAGUCCUAGCAAAGUUCAAGCUAGUUCUUCCCGUCGGGAUUCGAUCAACAACCCAAUACCGCCUGUCAUUGUUAACCCACCGUCACAAGACAAAAAGUUGCUAGAUGGGCUACCAAAGAAGGCGGCCAAGCCGUUCGUUCCAGAUCUUCCUUCCUUUUCGCAAGUGGACAAAGGUGUUUUCGACGCGCUACCUGAGGAUGUAAGGAAGGAACUCGAAGUGGAGUAUAAACGUCGAUCACAUUCCCCCAUGCCUGCCCAAACAUCCAGUGUGUUUCCUAUAAGGAGCAAGUCAUCUGAACCCAUAUCCGACUAUAACAACAGGAUCACCGUCAAAGGUACCAACGUCAAGCGUAUCACUCAGCAGUUGGCCCCUAGAAAUAGAGCGAGUCUUUCGCCCAGAAAGAACAUGCUAUUUACCAAGCGGGACGGACCUUCCGCUUUGCAGGUGUCUGAGGCGGAGCUGGAGAAGCUUGAAAUCGAUCCAGAGGUGUUUUUCGUAUUGCCUAUUGAUAUGCAACGCGAACAGCUCCUGAUGGCUCGACAUUCAAGAGCUCGUGGGGCAUCUGUCUCGGGGGAUCAUAAAGUAAUCAAGCUCCCCGAUCGAUUCCCCUCUACACCGCAACGUAAGAAGCCUAUACCAAAGGCGGUUCAUCCACAUGUUCCCUUCCUGAAGCAACAGGGUAAACAAAAAGGAGAGAAACUUUACUUCACGGAGACAGACGAUGUGCAGCGCGUUAUCGAGGUUUGGGUUGAAGGCUUCAGAGAGCGAGCGCUUAAUCGGAGGGAUGUGGAUUAUUUCAGCAAAUUCUUAGUGGAAAGUGCGGAAUCAGGGGAUACUGGGAUGGAGAAGGCUGCAGCUGUCAUGAAAUGGUGGCUUACGCUCCUACGGAGAUACUGGGAAAUUUGGGAACAUAACAAUAAUGGGAGCAGCGAAGACAAGAAAUUUACAGGAAAACCUACGUCUGAAAUCAUAGGGAGGACGUGGUGGAAAGCCUUUAGAGAAGUCAAAGGAAAGGUUGAUGCUGUAGCCAGAAAGAGAUUUGGCGGUUCAAUAGCAAUCAAGUGA